AUGCCCUUCCUCACAGCACCCAACUGGCAGAUCAGCUGGACUCCACUGCUGGUGCUAGGGUAUCUCUUUUACCUCCUCCUGGGUGCUAUGGUGUUCCAGUUGCUGGAGAAGCAGGCAGAAACCCACUCUCGGGACCAGUUCCACCUGGACAAGCUUAAGUUCCUGCAGAACUACACAUGCUUGGACAGGCAAGCCCUGGAGCAGUUCAUACAGGUCCUCAUGGAAGCAUUGGAAAAAGGGGUCAACCCAGAACAAAACUCUACGAAUCCCAGUAACUGGGACUUCAGCAAUUCUUUCUUUUUUGCAGGAGCUGUUGUCACUACUAUAGGCUAUGGUAACCGGUCCCCCAGCACAGUGGCAGGACAGGUCUUCUGUGUUUUUUAUGCCUUAUUUGGAGUGCCACUCAACUUGGCCUUCCUUAACCAGUUGGGGAAAGGUCUCAAUGCUCAUUUGAUUACUCUGGAAAGAUGGGUGCAAAAGCCAGGCCAUGACCAGGUGGUUCAGAGACUGGCCAUGGCUGUCUUCCUGACUGCAGGGAUCUUGCUUUUUCUAGUGUUCCCACCACUGGUUUUCAGUUAUGUAGAAGGCUGGAGCUAUGGAGAAGGCUUUUACUUCACUUUCAUCACCUUGAGCACAAUUGGAUUUGGAGACUAUGUAGUAGGCACAAACCCAAACAAGCACUACAUCCCACUCUACAGAAGUCUAACUGCAAUUUGGAUUGUUUUUGGCUUGGCCUGGCUGGCCUUGGUCUUCAACGUGGGAGCUCAUUUGAUGGAAAAAUUCCUUCAGCUCAAGUGGCACAAGCCUGACUUAAGCUUGUCAGAAGGAUCCCCAGCCAAACCAUGA